UGAACAAUGUCAAGUUUGGCGAAACUCGGGUACUUUUUCGACGAAAAAGGCGUGCUGAAAACGGAGAAGGACAAAAAACCCUUCAAAUUCACUACACAGGAGGAUUAUGAAGAACUGGGAGAAGCAGUUGAUCUGGAAGUUUAUGAGCUUCUGGAGACACGUUGUGGGCUGAAGAGAAAGGCGCUAAAACUUCCAGGAAAAACCGACGAGGAUGAGGAUCUAAGCUUCAUUUUUGUGUCGAAAAAUUUCAAAAAAGCUGCAAAUCUUCUAGUAUUGAUCCACGGAAGCGGUGUCGUCAGAGCCGGACAAUGGGCUCGUAGACUCAUUAUCAAUGAUAAUUUGGAGUGUGGAACUCAGAUUCCGUAUAUCGAAAGAGCUAUUGAAAAUGGAUGGGGUGUUGUGGUGAUGAACACUAAUUUGAAUGAAAGUAAAGAUCAGGAUUUGAAGUACUCCCGCACACCUGUCGAGCACGCUGAAACUGUCUGGAUAGCGUGUAUUGAGCCAUCGAAUGCUAAGAGCAUCUACGUGGUGGCUCACAGUCGUGGUGGUUACGACACAGCCAGUGUGCUCAAAAAGUUUGGCGGAGACGAUCGUAUUUCGAAAAUCUGUCUCACUGAUUCUCCAUGGUUCGAAUUUCCGAAAAGUUGUGCACAACGGGCACGUCCAUUGUUUGUCGUCAAUUUCUUGGCUCACGGGGCUUUGAACUCUCCAUCAUACAAAGUUCGUGAAUAUCGUGAGGGGAACGUCGCCGAGCUGUGGGCCGGCACACAGAUACACGAGUGGUCCAGUCAUUGUGCAAUUGAUGCAGUUUUUCAUAUUUUGGAGACUGAAAUGACCCCCUCCAAUUACGCGGAAGUUAUGGAAGAGGCGAAGAAACUGGUGGUCAAGUCUGAAAAUAGCAAGGAAUCGGAUGAUGAGGCCCCGAAAUCGAAGAAAAUUUGUGUUUGAUCUCAAUUUGAAGCAGCAAUUGACUUUAUCUGAAAAUAUCAAUAAAUACGGUU